AUGGAGAGACAGGAUAAGAAACCCUUUUACACAUUUCAUGAUAAACACUUUGGCAAGGCUACUAUAGAGAACUAUGUGUACACCAAGAAAUCCCAAGGCAACAGGGACAAAACAGUCAAUAGGUACAUACCCAACCAUAAGGUUCCAUUAACCGAGCAUGGACAUCACCAGGCUCGUGAAGCUGGAAAGGUUUUGAAAAGCAUUCUUAAAGAUGAUGAUACUGUCUGCUUCUACACCUCACCCUAUAUGAGGGCCAGACAGACCACCGUUGAUAUUAUCGAUGGCAUCAAGGAUACGGGCAUCAAGUAUAAAGUUUAUGAGGAGCCACGAAUGAGAGAGCAAGAUUUUGGAAACUUCCAGAGCACUUCAGACGAGAUGCAACAAAUGUGGGUAGAAAGAGCCAAAUACGGACAUUUCUUCUAUAGAAUCCCACAUGGUGAAAGCGCUGCAGAUGUCUAUGAUCGUUGUGCAUCAUUUAAUGCUUCUCUAUUUCGCCAGUUUAGUCAGGAUUCAUUUCCAUCUGUAUUGGUAUUGGUAACGCACGGAAUAUGGGCACGUGUUUUUCUUAUGAAGUGGUUCCGUUGGAAAGUCGAGUACUUUGAGGAUCUUCAGAACGUUCCUCAUUGCAGCUGGAUAGUGAUGCAGAAAAACGAGAAUGACCAACGUUAUACACUGAAGACCCAUAUGACCACAUGGAGUGAACUGAAAGAUCCACAGAGAAUAGAGAGAAUGAGAGAAGAUACAUCUGAAGAAUUGAAGUUCAAUUCAAAUGGAAGACUCAGCGAUAACGAAAUGAAUAGGGUGGUCGAUGCAACAGUAAAAGUCAAAGAGGAACAAGUAAGAAACGCAUUGGAGACCAGGAAAUUGUAUGAACAAUUUUGCGAAUGUAGUAAAAAUGGGUGUUCGAAUCAAGAGGAGGAUGGAUUGACAUAA